AUGAGAGAUCACAAAGUGUCCGCUCGCUAUAAGGACAGGCAUAUGGAAGUGGUUAGGAGGGAGAUGGAGAAAGUCCAUAACAAGCUAGAACUUUUAGCAAAUAGCUGCAGGAGAACAAGAGUAAUUCAUAGGAAAAUUUGUGAAUUACUGGAUCUAAGAGGGAUCGACUCAGAGGAUGAGUGGGCAACAUUAUGCAGUCGUGCUGAAGCGACAAAUACGUGGCAGGUUGUGAACGUUCGUCAAGCGCUGGGGACGCUAACCAGUAACCCAGUGGGACUGAGCAACGCUAGCGAGCCCAAGAUGAAGAAACCCCAAUUGGAAGAGCUAGAUCGGCGGACAAACAAGAAGAGACACAAAAAGGUCAGAGCUUGA